AGCUGCUGCCCAAAGGGAGCAAAGAAGAACAGCGGGAUUAUGUCUUUUACCUGGCAGUGGGCAACUACAGGCUCAAGGAAUAUGAAAGGGCCCUAAAGUAUGUGCGUGGUCUGCUGCAGACUGAGCCCCAGAACAACCAGGCAAAGGAACUGGAACACCUUAUUGACAAAGCCAUGAAGAAAGAUGGAUUAGUGGGUAUGGCUAUCGUUGGUGGCAUGGCCUUGGGAGUGGCGGGACUGGCGGGACUCAUCGGACUGGCCGUAUCUAAGUCCAAAUCCUGAAGGAAGCCUCACCUGUGCUGUGCCCUGGGGCACCUGGGAGCUCGAAGGGAACACCAGAAGAGAGUCCCAUCCAUCCUCACCAGCCCCUUCCCCAUUCUUUGCCCACACCCGUCAUCUUACAACCGUCCAUGACCUUUCACCUCUCAUCCCCCCCCCAAGACCUGUUAUUUAGCUCCAAGUUACACACUUUGACAUGAGUGUAAAUAAAAUUAGGCUGUGGCUUGGGAA